UUGCCUGGCAGAGAUGGCUUUGUGUCAUAAGACCGCCAUUUGUCAAAAUUUCUUUGAUAGAAUUGCAGCUUGGUCUAUUUAUACCACCAAUUGAACAAUUACGAAUAUAAAUAAAUGAAUAUAUUAUUUAUUCAUAAUACUUCAAUGUUGUAUCGCAUAAAGCAUAUGAAUUAUCUGUGCCGCUAGCUAGAGAAUCGAUAUCACUUCGAUGUCACCAGCACAGUCGGUAAACGUCAGAAUGUCAAACAAUCACGCUAUAAUGUCGGAAGCCGAAUUAUUUACAGUAUCGCUGAUAGAUGCGGUUAAGAAAAGGCCCGUUUUGUAUGACGUCAACCAUGAAGGAGGCGGCAAUAAAAAUAUGGAAAAACACACUGCAUGGAGCGAUAUCGCUACUGAGCUUCAGGAAAAUGAAAAUGUAGUGAAAAAGCGAUGGAAAGGCCUCAAAGAAUGCUAUGUCAAGUAUAAGAAAUCGAGAAGCUUAAACUAUUCUAAUCCCACUUACGAUCAAUAUAGGAAUUGGCGGUGGGCAUCCUAUUUAGAAUUUAUGGAGCCACAUUUGAAAGGUCUGCGAAAUGUGGAAGAUAGCUCUCUCAAUGUUGAAGAUUACGUAUAUGAAGAAGAAAGUUCUAAAGAGGAGGAAAAUGAAACCAAUAUAUUUGACGAUUCCGCAAACAACAUUGGUUCAGUAUCUGAUGUUGCUUCGCCAAAAAAUUCUCCAAGUUUAAACGUUCAACAAGUUAAUAAUGUGGAACCGGCAGACGACAUACAUUAUUUAUUUUUAAGUUAUGCUGAGACUAUAAGGAAGUUGCCGCCAAAAAAACAAAUCCUAAUUAAAUUGGAAAUGGCGAAGCUAUUUUCUAAAGCUGAAAUGGAAAGCUUGGAUAAUAAAGACAUUUUCGACUCAUAAUUUCUUCACAAAAUUACAUGCUUAUUUUUUAUAGUAAAUUAAGUUUAUUUUUGUGGUUUUUGACUUGACGUUGAUAAAAUUCUGCUCAUAUCCUUAGAUUCCUAUUCUAAGCUACCCAUA